AUGGACUACGAUAUGAAAGACUAUGAUAUGAAAGACUACGAUAUGAAAGACUACGAUAUGAAAGACUACGAUAUGAAAGACUAUGAUAUGAAAGACUACGAUAUGAAAGACUAUGAUAUGAAAGACUACGAUAUGAAAGACUACGAUAUGAAAGACUACGAUAUGAAAGACUACGAUAUGAAAGACUAUGAUAUGAAAGACUACGAUAUGAAAGACUACGAUAUGAAAGACUAUGAUAUGAAAGACUACGAUAUGAAAGACUACGAUAUGAAAGACUAUGAUAUGAAAGACUACAAUAUGAAAGACUACGAUAUGAAAGACUACGAUAUGAAAGACUACGAUAUGAAAGACUACGAUAUGAAAGAUUACAAUAUGAAAGACUACGAAAUGAAAGACUACGAUAAGAAAGACGCACUUUCCAAACAUUAUUCUACCUAA